AUGUCAGAAAAGACCCAGAAAGAUAUUUUUACUCUCUUUGACAGACAAGCCAAGGGCAAGAUCUCUAAAUCACAAUUUGCGGAUUAUCUGCGAGCCAUUGGAUAUAAUCCUACAAACGCGUUGGUCGAGCAGAUUGGUCAAGGAGCUCCCAAUGAACUGAGUUUGGAGACAAUUGGGUCGCUGGUUGAAGAAAAUCGGGACGCUCUUGAGAAGACUACUCAGGGCAAAGUAGAAGAUUUCAUUAAGGCGUUUCAAGUUUUUGACAAAGAAAAUACUGGCAAAGUAUCGGUUGGCGAUAUUCGGUAUAUGCUUACGGGGCUGGGAGAACGUUUGUCUGAUGAAGAAGUGGAUGAACUACUGAAAGGUGUUGAAGUGGAUGCCGAUGGUGGGGUUGAUUACAGGAAAUUCAUCGAAGAUGUGCUGAGACAGUGA